AUGUCAACUACGACCAAUAACCACGAUGAGACCAACAAAUCUUUCCUUUCACAAGUAGAAAUAUAUGGUCACAAAGAGCUCGUUGACAAAUUCAGUAAAAUAACAAGAGAGGAUAUCGAUAGGCUCUCGAGCUCUAAGAACCCACACAAUAGAUACAGUAUAUCCGUGGCAAAGACUCAUGAAGCUCAAAAGCUGAAUCGUUACACGGACGUCAUUCCGUUUGACUAUAAUCGGGUAAAAUUAUCCACUAAAAGACCGUCGAAAACUGACUACAUUAAUGCUAGUUUCAUCGAGGCGCCAAAUAAAGUGCGUCGAUAUAUCGCAGCACAAGGUCCUUUGCAAGAGACGAUCGAUGAUUUUUGGUUGAUGGUUUGGGAACAAAACUCUCGUGUUAUUGUGAUGUUGACUAAGGAGAUUGAGAAAGGAAGUCCUAAAUGUAUACGGUAUUGGCCAUCACAAAAGGAUCAGCCGAUAGAAUCCUCGGUUACCGGAUUAAAAGUUUCAUUGGAAUCGGAGACAUUAGACCCAGACACAUCUUGUUGGCCGGAUCAUGGAGUUCCAGAUUCACCGGAUAUCGUAUUGCAAUUAAUUCGAAAAACUAAUGAAUUACAACAAGAGUAUCAAAACCGUCAAAAUAUUGGUCGUAACGACAGAGAGAAAGAGGAAGUUGGUCCUGUUGUGGUGCAUUGUAGUGCUGGAUGUGGGCGUACGGGGACAUUUUGCACUAUUGAUUCAGCCUUGGCUUUAUUGCAGGAUAUGCAUGAUAAAUCUUCAGAUUUGAUUUACAGUUUGGUGCAAUAUUUUCGUGAGCAAAGAACACAUAUGGUACAAACUCUUAGUCAAUAUCAGUAUUGCUAUUUGGUUGUAUUACGUAAAUUGGCGUUGGAUUCGGGGUCUGUUGUUUCUUCAAGAUAA